UAUACACACUACACUCAAGAUAUAAAAAUUCAAGUUGAUAUCCAUAUUUCCUUCUCUUUUCUUCUUCUUUUUUUUUCUCUUUUUACGAUAUCAGUAUUUUGAUCGGCCAUUGUGUACUCUAUGACAAGAGAUGCUCUUUUGAAAACGACUACACCCUUUCCUUGUCUUGACCGAGUCUUUUCUUUCCUCAGCAAAUCCAAUCUUCUUAAAGUAGCACUUGUGUGUCGACAAUGGCAUACUCAAGCAUCCCGUAAGAUAUGGUCCAGCUUCAAAUUUGUACGAGAACGAGAUUUUGAACGGAUAUUCAGCAUCAUUGCAAAGCGAACAGCCAUAGCCCAGUAUGGGAAUUUCAUUACAUCACUCGAACUUGUCCACUCGGACAGCGAUUUUAGUAUCAACGCAAAUCAUAUUAUGCUCAUUACUGCGCUUUGUCCAAAUCUACUGUCGAUCGAUAUCACCUUUGACCAUACCCACCGUGUUGCUCCGCCCGUAGCUCCACAUUUGCGCAGACCAUCACAACAACAACAACAACAACAACAACAAAGACCUGGUUUACCACCUGUACCUACCACACCGAGACAACCCUAUACACCUUCCUUGCCCUUGGCCCACUUUGCUUAUAAUUGUCCUCACCUGAAAUCCAUUCGACUUGUAUCUUAUUUACCUAAAACAGAUGAUUCUGUCUAUGAAAUGGCAAAGUACAUGACUUCAGGUUCACUCGAGUCCAUCACACUCAGUCAUUGUUCGACUAUCCAAAGCUCCACUCUUUGCAAACUCGCCAUUACCAACCCUCAAUUGAAAUCAAUUCAGCUGAAUGGAACUACACCUGUCAGUGAUGCUAGUCUAGCCAGCCUGAUUGAUCGCUGUGGGCCCACGUUAGAAUGUCUGACCAUAGGCAAUGCACAUUCACUUACGGAUAAAUCUAUAGGGAGAAUUGCUUUGAAAUGCAAAAAGAUUCGCGAUAUCAGUAUAUUCAACAAUACAGAACAUGUUUCUGAAGAUACCCUGACUGCUAUCAUUACCCAUUGCCCUACAUUGGAGACCAUCAGUCUAAGCGAUUCACGCUGUUUAGGAUCCGCCUUUUUUCAUUCUGUUGUACAACGUGUCAAUAUUGAAAUGGCCAGCAUUGAUAGUCAUCAAGCAAACACCAAGUUCGGCCUACAGCGACUCUGUCUUGGUGGUGUGAAGCGGGACAUGAUCCAUAGUCAAUACAUGGAAGAGUUGAUUGACAAAAGUACAAGUAAACAUGAUAUAAACCAACCUACUGUCAUUCGAGGGAAUACAGUAUGGUGGCAAAGACUAAUAAGCACAACGUAACAAAUUUAUAGAAUUCUCUCCCUUGUACAUAAUGUAUUAUUCACUUGUUAAUAAUAAUAAUAAUAAAAAACGAAUGAUUUUUUAAUGAAUUUUUUUUUUUUUUGUUUAAACUUCAAGGUUAGAAGGGUUACGACCUUCUUCUCUUUGAGCAUCCCACUUUU